AUGCGCAGGAAGAAGGCCAAGUUGCAAGAGCUGAAGUUGCAGAAAGUAUUCAUACAGCAUCUACUGAAUGCCGUGUUAGAAAAGGUAGGGCAAACAGACGGACAGACAGUAGGGCAGACAGACAGUCUAAGAUGCCUUACUCACAACCUUUUCGUGUUUCAGGUCUUGGCUACAUCAGCCCCAGCACUUGCCGAAAGAAAGGAGAAAGACCUCGGGUCAUCCUGUGGCAAGCUGCAGGAAGAAAGGGAGGCAUUUGUUUCACAAAUUGCAGAGCAAACGAAGAGCAAUGCCGCAAAAGAUGCCCUACUCGCGGAGCUUAAGAGGCAAAUUGGGCAGACAAAGACUCGCCCACACUGCACCGCCGAGAGCCAGACUUGCUCUCCAUCUACAAAAAGCAUAGGGACUGAAUGCACUACUGAAUGCGCCGAGGCUGAUGUCCAGGCCACUAGUGAAGUGACAGUGGUGUCAGUUGAGACACAAACGGAUGCGGUGCCAAAGAGGCACCAAAACCGUGCAGUGCGCGCCUGGCAGAGUUUCUGUGGCCAGGUACGUAACCUGCACAACCGCCUCAUCCAUGGAACAGAGGCAUUCUAAACCCUACUGGAAAUAUAGUAGCCUCCAUAGGAUGUACUGUUCUUCAGGGUGCUAGCUUAUUAUCUGAUUUAUAAAUUUGAACAGCUGUUAUCUGUAAUGUUUUAUACUGCAAAUUCUAUAUUUUUUUAGAUUUGAUACAGAAAUUCAUAAAUGAACUGUAAAUAGUCACUGAAUCCCUAAGGCGAAGGUUAAGUCAGGCCAUUCCUACUGAGGGCAUCUAGCACACGAUAGACAUGCUGCUAGUACCCCGGUGAGGGGUAGGGGGCGGGAAGGCAUAUUCCGUGUAACCAUGUGUUUACACGUGGGCCCCAAUAUACAGGGUAUUAGCAGGAGCAAAAAUAUGCGCUAGAUGCUCUCUCUCAACAGCAAAAUAGAACACCAAACCAACUAAAGGCUGUGCCUCGUGUCAUUUCAUGUAAAUAUUUCUAAGUAUGUAAAAAUAACUUGACGAAAGUUGUAUCCCCAAAUAUAUGUAGAAAAAAUAAAACACCAAAGCGACUGAA